AGUGAAGUGCAGACACAUGAUAGUUUAGCCAUUCCCGUACGAUGGCUUAAGCUAAUGGCUGCCCCGGCCGGGUAGUGGUUUCCAGGCGAGCCACUCGCGCCGCGGCUUGCUUUCCACGGACACCAUCAUUCGGCUGCCUCUGAUGUCCGCCACUCCGGCCGCCGGCUUUUCUCUCCAAAUCGCCGCCCCUUUCCGCGUUAUAUAUCUUGCCAUCGAUCGCAUCCUUCGAGCAGGGAGGAAGGAGAAGGGAAGGGAAGGGGGGUCGACAUGGCCGGGCUGCACCUGCAGAGGUCGGCGCAGACCUUCCGGCGGUCGGGCUCGUCGGGGCUGGUCUGGGACGAGCGCUUCCUCACCGAGGGCGCCGAGGACGGCGGCGGCGCGCGGGCGACGGGACGCCGGCAGCCGGAGCUCCGGCACUCGCGGAGCGUCGGCAGCGUGCUGCGGCGCGGCGCGGCGGAGCACGCGGACACGAAGCGGUCGAAGCUGGUGCUGCUCGCUGCCAAGCCGAAGCAAAAGGACGAGAAGAAUCAGCAGCACCGGCAGGAGGAGGAGGAGGUGCCCGCUGGCAGGACGGCGUUCCGGACGAGGGACGUGAUCCCGGCCGCCGAGCCGCCGUCGCCGAGGGUGCCCGCGGGCUGCUGCGCGCCCUGCGCCAUCUUCCGGGGCUCCGCCGGCGCCGCCUCGUCGCUGGCGCGGCGAUCCAGGCCCCGGAAGCGGUAGGGGUGCCGACGAUUCACCGCGCAUCCACCGAUUGCGCGCACGCUUUGAGGCCCCGCCGCGCGUCCGGAACUCUUGGGUUUUCUGAAUAAGUUUUUUUUUAAAGAAAUUUUCUGAAUAAGUUUCAAAGGAAACAUUUCGAUGUCUCCGCGAAUUUCUGCAG